UGUCCCACAAUGCAGUGCGAAUGAACAUGGCCGAAUCUUGUCUAGGUGUGUUAUCCAAACAAGAAUGAAUGUGCUGUUUCCGUGACCUAUCAGCUCACAUUCCUGAAAGACAAUCCACCAUCCAGUCCUGUGAAGUUAUUCUGGCAUAUUAUGGUCUGGUAGCUGCGCUGUGAGGAGCCAACGAGUCCCUGCGUGUAUUUCCGGAGAAUCUUCCUGUGACAGCUGACCUGAGCCAAGAUGGCAGGAGUUGUAGCAAAGCGUGAGGGACCACAGUUCAUCAGUGAAGUGUCUGUGAGGGGCAACGCCGCCGUGCUGGACUACUGCCGAACCUCUUUGUCCGCUCUGUCCGGAGCAACAGCCGGCAUCCUCGGGCUGACUGGACUUUAUGGCUUCAUUUUUUAUUUAAUCUCUGCUUUCCUCCUCUCCCUGCUGCUUAUUCUCAAGGCCGGACGGCGAUGGAACAAAUGCUUUAAAUCGCGGCGGCUGCUCUUCACCGGGGGCCUUGUCGGAGGUCUUUUCACUUACGUCCUGUUCUGGACUUUCCUCUACGGAAUGGUGCAUGUGUACUAGAAUGAUCUAUGAAGAAUAACCUUAAAUUAGCCCUAACACUAUUGUCUGCCCUGCUGUUUGUAGAUAAGCCAUUACUAAAAGACUUCAAUUUGUAACUGUUAAAUUAAUCAGAGGAUGUGUCUAUAAUUAUAGGUUGCAAAAUUAACCGUUCUUAUCUUUCCUACGCCAUUGACUGACUUUAUUCAACCUGUAACUCCUGCUCUGUGCUCCAGGUCAUCCGUACCAGGAUAAGAGCCUGGUUAUAAUAAUGUAGGCUGUAGUGUAACAUAGAUCAAAACUGAUUACAUUCAAGAUGUAAGCACUUUUCUUUACAUUUCAUGUACAAUAUCAGUUCAAUAACAAAUCUGAUUACCGAUUGGAAUAAAUACCUCUGUGCAACUUGUG